GAAGCUCGCUCAAAGUAGAGGUAUUGGAUAAAAUGGAGUACUACUCCACUACUACCAUUGGUAUUUGGUAUAGAAAAAUAUUAGGUGAAAUGAACACCGUCAAGUGCCACGAACUUUUUUUUUAUGACAAAUUCAUGUAGAGUCUAGAACUACGAAUCCCACGUGAAUUUGUUGUGUAGAAGAGAACAUGCCGUGUCGCAUAACCAGUGGAUAAUUACUCGUUGAUAUAUAUCCGCGCCAAGCUCUUGGUUUGAGAGGAAGGAAAGUCAAUGUCUUCUUCAUCCUUCUCGCUGCCAAGGUCCACCCCUCACAGACGACCAGUUCAAUCGACAAUUCCAACGGACCAGAUUCGGACGGCCGUGGACCAGGCUCCGAAUGAACGACGUGGGCCGGCCAUCUCACAGUUGUUGGCGUUUGGGUUGAUUAUAUUCCUCGGAUUGCUACAGUUUCUGCCAGCUACCCAUUUCCGAGACGCUUCGGAUCCUUUCAGAAAGUGGGUCCCUUUCCCUUCCAAUCUCUCCUCCUCUUCAUCUUCAAAAUAUACAGCUUCAAGUGAUGAAAAUUCUGGCUACAGCAGAACACGUACGGUUGUGGAUCGUAUGGUACACAUUGUAUCGUGGAUAGAUUGCCUGGACCUUCGAGUGCUUGCAGUUCUAAUGAAUUCAACUUUAUCACGUGCAAGAUAUCCAGAAUUAGUUUCCUUUCAUUUCUUUACCCCCGAAGGGCAUAAUAAUGGCAAAGUUUCUUAUUAUAAACUUAAAGUGCUAUUUCCACAUUCAAAACUUGAAAUUAUUGGGCAGGAAAAGGUUAAAGAAGUAAUUAUGACAGCUUACUCUGUGGGAGAAUAUAGGCCGCCUUUUGAUGAGAUGGUCCCAUUUGCUAUACCAGCUGUCCUCCCUACCGUAAGCAAGUUCAUAUAUGUCUCACCCAAUGUAAUCAUCAAGGGAGGAGUUGAGGAAUUGCUUGGAGAUUUGAAGAAUUUUGGCAUUGCAGUUGCUGAGGACUGCUCGAAACAGCUAUCUGCGUAUAUUAACUUUGAUAUCUUAGAUGCUAUUCAGAGAUCAUCAGCAAAGCCUUGGCUAUCUGGGACUCCUUAUUCAAAAGAUGCUUGUAUGCCUGAUCUAGGUCUGGUUGUUAUUGAUUCGACUAGACUGCAAAAGGAUCUAUUGGAGGCAAUCCUAUGGUGGAGUAGAGUUCUGAAUAAGAGUGAAAGAGAGAGUCCAAGUCCAGCAGUUGCCCUAGCACUUUACAACAGACAUCUCAAGCUAGACAUAAGCCAGGAUACAUUGAUUUCCCGGUAUGAUUGGGGAAGAAACCUCAACUCUGAAUCUUGUGAUGAUGCAGUAAGAACACCUGCUCUUGAGAAUCUUUGGAAGCAGUAUCUUCCGCUUAUGUCAGAUCAAUUCUUGGGUAAUUAGAGUAAUCUUAUUUUUGUUUGCUACAUGGAAUUGGAUAACGCUUGUUACCGACUCUACGAUUUGUCUUAUCUGAUGCUCAUGUUUACAAAAUUUUAGUCUCUUGACUUGGUUGUGGUAAAUGUUGAACAUAUCCAUGCUUGAUGUGUUCAGUAAUCUUUGGUCAUUAAUAUUGUCAAACUGGGUAUACAUUUGCGACCCAUACUUCGAA